AAGUCGUGCUGCGGAGCCAAAUUUGAAGCGAGUGGAGGCGUGGGGGCGCGUCUGCGAAGCCGGACCUGUGGCAGUGUCUUUGGCUGCCUGGGCCCCCUGAGUCCAGCCAUCAUGCCUAUCCGUGCUCUGUGCACUAUCUGCUCCGACUUCUUCGAUCACUCCCGCGACGUGGCCGCCAUCCACUGCGGCCACACCUUCCACUUGCAGUGCCUAAUUCAGUGGUUCGAGACAGCACCAAGUCGGACCUGCCCACAGUGCCGAAUCCAGGUUGGCAAAAGAACCAUUAUCAAUAAGCUCUUCUUUGAUCUUGCCCAGGAGGAGGAGAAUGUCUUGGAUGCAGAAUUCUUAAAGAAUGAACUGGACAAUAUCAGAGCCCAGCUUUCCCAGAAAGGGAUCAGGCACUGAAGCCAAGGGCCCAAGUUCUUAUGCUGAUGGAUGGACAGGCCUUUCCCUUUCCCCUACCCUCUACCGCUGCUCCAGAGAAGGAGAAACGAGACAGCCAGGUCAUCAUCGACAAUCUGCGGGACACGCUGGAAGAACGCAAUGCUACUGUGGUAUCUCUGCAGCAGGCCUUGGGCAAGGCGGAGAUGCUGUGCUCUACACUGAAAAAGCAGAUGAAGUACUUGGAGCAGCAGCAGGAUGAGACCAAACAAGCGCAAGAGGAGGCCCGCCGACUCAGGAGCAAGAUGAAGACCAUGGAGCAGAUUGAGCUUCUACUCCAGAGCCAGCGCCCAGAGGUGGAGGAGAUGAUCCGAGACAUGGGUGUGGGACAGUCAGCGGUGGAGCAGCUGGCUGUGUACUGUGUGUCUCUCAAGAAAGAGUACGAGAAUCUAAAAGAGGCACGGAAGGCCUCAGGGGAGCUGGCUGAGAAGCUGAGGAAGGAUUUGUUUUCCUCCAGAAGCAAGUUGCAGACAGUCUACUCUGAAUUGGAUCAGGCCAAGUUAGAACUGAAGUCAGCCCAGAAGGACUUACAGAGUGCUGACAAGGAAAUCAUGAGCCUGAAAAAGAAGCUAACGAUGCUGCAGGAAACUUUGAACCUGCCACCAGUGGCCAAUGAGACUGUCGACCGCCUGGUUUUAGAGAGCCCAGCCCCUGUGGAGGUGAAACUGAAGCUCCGCCGGCCAUCCUUCAGUGAGGAUAUUGAUCUCAAUGCUACCUUUGAUGUGGAUACUCCCCCAGCCCGGCCCUCCAGCUCCCAGCAUGGUUACUCCAAAAAACUUUGCCUAGAGAAGUCACACUCCCCAAUUCAGGAUGUCCCCAAGAAGAUAUGCAAAGGCCCCAAGAAGGAGUCCCAGCUUUCACUGGGUGACCAGAGCUGUGCAGGAGAGCCAGAUGAGGAACUGGUUGGUGCCUUCCCUAUUUUUGUCCGGAAUGCCAUCCUGGGCCAGAAACAGCCCAAGAGGCCCAGGUCAGAGUCCUGUCGCAGCAAAGAUGUGGUAAGGACAGGCUUCGAUGGGCUCGGUGGCCGGACAAAAUUCAUCCGGCCUACUGACACAGCCAUGAUCCGCCCAUUGCCUGUUAAGCCCAAGACCAAGGCUAAGCAGAGAGUGAGGGUGAAGACAGUGCCUUCUCUCUCCCAGGCCAAGCUGGACACCUUCCUGUGGUCGUGAGAACAGUGAGUCUGACCAGUGGCCAGACACAUGCCUCCAACUUGUAGGAUUUAAGGACUGUCCAGGCAGGGGGUUUUGUGGGCAGAGCCCCACUUUCGGGACCAGCCUGAGGAGUAAGGGCAGACAAACAGGUGAGGGGGAGUGUGACUCCCAGAGACUGCUCUUCCUGCCCUCACCCUGCCCCACUCCCAUGACUGGGAGCUGACAUGACCAGCCCACCGAUCCUGUCAGCAGGGCCUGCUCCUGUUGCCAGGCUCCUGUUUAUAGCCAUGAUCAGAUGUGGUCUCUUUCUGGGCCUGGAGACCACGGUCGCUUGUUGACUGCCUCUGUGGACCAGAGUACUUGAGGCAUCUCAGGCAGCCUCAGCCUGAGCUUCUACCUGCCUUUGACUUGCUGCUAGGCAUAGCCUGGGCCAAGUAGGUUGGGGAAUGGAGGAUAGAAUGGGAUGUAUGGAGAGGAUGGAAGACUUUCAUGUAAAAUAAAAUUAAAAAUAAUAAUAAUAAUCUCUU